AGAUUACCAGCCCAAUCCCUGGAAGCCUUUCUGAAUAGCGUGAUCACACUAGCUAAGAAAACCCGAGAGCAACCUUCGGCACAGGAGAUCCUGGGGAAACUAAACAGCUUACAGCUGAUUGCAGAGAACAUCACCCUCAUUAAAAAUACUGUCAAUAAUAUACUCGCGUCGCCCGCUCCCAUGCCACUCAAUGCAGCCACCCGAAUCGCUUCCUGGGCAGAUGUAGUCCGCUCGGGCACGCCCUCGUACCCGUCCACGCCGAAUAGCAGAGCCUCCACAACCGCAAGUAUCAAGAAUAGGAAAACCAUAAUAAAACUUGAUAUAAACUCCACGGCUAUUCUCCGCAAAAUAUCGCCGGAGGACCUCCGCAAACAAAUAAAUAAUAUCUUAAAAUCACGGAUAAACCUGCUUGGGAAAGCACCACACAUCAUAACAGCAAAGUAG